UCCUCAGGACCUGGGGUCAGUCAGUGAGUGGCCCUGCUUAUCUCCUGUCAUUUCCACCUGGAUUAAAUAAUAGCAGUGGCCAGGUAGAGCUUAGUGAAGGUGGACUUUAAAGACCUACAAUUUACAUGUCACAGUGGAUGGCUAGGAGAAUAUUGGACACAGGAAGGACUGGGUUAUUGCUCUGACAGAUUGCCUGGCGUUUGACCAGCUGUUUGACCAGGUGCUUGACCAGCUAGUGGACAGAGAGGAGUUGACCACAGGCUGUCUCUGUACAGGAUUACUUCAUUUAACCUAUUCAAUACUGUGUGAAGGUCAUCAGUGAAUGGCAUAAACUUCUGCAGUACUAUUGGUUACGUAUUAGACUAUAGGAAAGAAGACACACAAGGCGCAUUUUGAAUAACUGGUCACUCUCAGUAUUGGACAGCAUGAUGACCACAGAGUGUUUGCCCCAGUACAGCUCACAGGAAGAGUUGUAUAGAGAGAACUUGAAGAUGGAGUUUGAACUACAGAACGAGAAAGUAGACCGACUGGAGCGAGAGUUGAGAGACUUGUCUAGUUUGGGAACUAAGGAUGAUGUUGAGAUCAUGAACCUAAAACGUGCCAAGAUGGAAUUGGAACUGAAGACCAAGGAUCAGGAGGAGGAGUUAGAUGAACAGGCUGGCACCAUCCAGCAACUAGAACAGGCCAAGCUGCGUCUGGAAAUGAACCAGCAGAAACUGAGGCAGCAGUAUCAGAAGGAGAUGGAGGAGAAGGAGAUCGAGCUGGAGGAAAUGAGGUCAUCCACUCAGAAAAAGGUUCGACAGCUUGAGGUGCAGGUAGAGGACGAGUAUGAAGAAAAGCAAAAAGCUUUACGAGAAAAGAGAGAGCUGGAAAGGCAGUUGCAGGAGGUGGCAGAGAAAGCACCCAAAAGAGACAAAGAAACUGAAAAGAGAUUAAGGAAAGGUCUUAAAAAGACAAAGGCUCUGCUAAAGGAUGCUCAGACUAUGUUAGAGAAGAGCAAAGAAGGGGCUGCCUCAAAAGCCUCAGUUAAACAACUCAGGGAUAAGCUGGAGGAUGCAGAAUUUGCCACAUCAGCAGCUAUCAAAGCCAGGAAAGGUAUUGAGCUGGAACAGCAGGACCUCCAACAGCAGUUAGAGGACAUGACCAGAAAUAAGUCAGAUGCAGAAGACAGGUGCCUUUCACUCUCCAGAGACAAGACUGAGCUACAAACUCAGCUAGAAGACUUGGAAGAAGAAAUGAAUGAGUUGAUGAGGAAAUACAAAAAUGUAGUACAGCAGCAAUCGGUUGACCAAAUAAAUCUUACAGAACAAUCUACGCGGUUAGAGGAAUUGCAGCAAGAAAGAGAAAUGCUAAGAGAACAGAAUUCCUUAUUACAAAGCAAAGUAGAAUACUUAGAAACAAACUAUGUAGAUAAACAAGUGGUGAUCCGUCUGGAGUCCAAAUGCAGAGAACUGGAAUCCAGACUUGACCUGGAGCUGGCUACAAGGCAAAGACUAGAGGCAAGCACAACUAAGUUGAAAGCCGAUGUAGAAAAACUUACCACAGAAAAAGACAACCUUCAGGCCAAGGAGCAGGCAGCCCAAGAGAACGCUAAGAGAAGUCAGCGGCAGCUCAGAGAUCUGCGGGAGGAGUUUGGAGACGUGCAGAAACGAGAGUUGGAAGCUAGUCAGAAGAAAACCGAAUUAGAAGUGAAAGUUGAAAACUUAGAAGCAGACAGUGAGCAGCACCAAUCUGAUCUGAAACUUGCCUUCAAGAGGAUAGCAGACCUGCAGGCCGCCAUAGAAGAUGAAAUAGACAGUGACAGUGAUAUCUCAGACAGUGAUGGAGAAGACGAUGGUGAAGACUCGGAUUCCUCCAUAGACAUUGACACAUUCUUGGUGAACCACCGCCAUCAGCCCCUGAACCGGAGCGGGAGUGGUAGUAUAAGCAGCUUGGAGUACACGCCCUCUCAUAGGCUGUCUGCGGGCACAGACGGCUCGGAUGUAGAUGGACACAGUAGGUAUGGCCGUGAGUUUUACCAGUUUUAGAUGUGCACUGCACCUUGACUGCACUUUGAUUUGCUGUGACUCCUCAGCAUGCACAUCUCAACUGUAGAACUGCAGUGGUCUCUUUGGCUUCUUGGUUUGUAAGUAGACUUCACUGUGUACGCCAGUCUGGGCAGUGGUGACUGUAUAUAGGGUUUUGUGUUUAGAAAACUAAAAUUGGGCCAUGUCUGUUUUUGGAAAGGGGGAAGGGAGGGGUGUAGUUAGCCUUUUAUGGUUAAAUCAAAUAAUUUAGUAUUAUGGAAGAUCUCUUGGUUAGGAAAAAAGUGUGGAAGCUGAGGGUUUUUUAGAACAUUUUAAAGGUCCAUGAAAGAAAACAGUCACUUGCCUCACAGGGUUGACGCACACAGAUAUCUUUUCUCCUAUAUUAACUGAUAUAGAUACGCUCAUGUUUUUAUUAUUCUUCUAAAAUGUAUAGGUUGGGACUUAUUUAUUUACAAUCUCCAUGCUUUUUAUAAAGAACUUUUAAGUGAAAUUGCUUAUUUUAAAAAGAGACUUCAAUCACUAUUUUCCUGUAGAUAUUCUCAGUGUUGUUUAAUCUUACUAUUUUUAUUAAUAAUAUUAUUAUAAGGAAUUUUCCCUUUCAUCUUGAGCUAUUCAUGACUAAGUGGUCCUAUGGGGUUAAGUUUUUCAUCAACUAGUGGGCAUAUUAAAGUGGUUGUAGGUAAAAAUCCAAAAAACCACUAAAUAAAAUUUUAAUUAUGUUAAUAAUUGACCGUAGCUAUUAUUAUGUCCAUAAUAUUUGAUCAGUUAAAUUUUUUUUAAAUUUUCCAAUAUGGUUAUUUUCAAAUUUCUCCCAAAUGUGAACCACUUUUGAUGGA